CUAGAGGGGCUGGGGGAGGGGCUUGCUGAGCAAACAAAGCCUAGGGUGUGGCUGCUCAUUGUCCUGGGCAGGGUAUAUAUAGGGGGGCCGGGGGCCCUGGGACAGACCACUGGGCAGUGCUGACAUGGCGGAGGAGAGCAGGACACCACAGCCCACCAGAAACACCAAAGCGGGGAAGGAGAGGAAGACCCCCUGUCCACCCAAGUCCAGAGGAAAGGGCAAGGCGCCCAAGACAACCUUGAAGCUUAAAAGACCCCUCCAAGGGAUUCUGAGGAAAAAAGCUGCUGCAAAAAUGACCACCCUCUCAAUUCAACCCCCAAAAGGGAAAAAGCCAAAACUAUUCGGCCACUAUCACCAGCUGAAUAAGGAACUGCAGCAAAAUGAGCCAGGACAAAAAGGACGAGGAGGUCCCCAGCACCUCAAGGGACGAAGAGACCCCCAGCACCUCGAGUGACGAGGAGAUGGCCCAGCACCUCACGUGGCGACCUGGGCA